CUAUCAAGAAUAUUAGUUCCAAGUCCGCUGUUGAGGACUGUAUCAAAACUCUCUACAUUUGACUCUAUAACAGGUCCUGGUGUCCCGUACAAAGGUCGAGGACCCUGGGUAUUAACUAUACCUCAACUGGAAACUAACACGGAGAGCAGCGCCCUCUUACCCUGGAAAUCUCAAAUCCCAAUGACUGUCAGAUAUAAAAUACCCAAACAUCCUCCCUCCCAACGCCACAGUAGAACAAUCUCACCGGAAGUAUCAAAUUUGUUACGUAUGCAGACGUCUAUAAGCCUGAUUACACCUAGUAUAAUAACACCGAACGGGGUAGCGUCUUGGGGAAAUAUAUCAGCACCGGAACAGGAUCCAGAGGUGCUGAUUGAAGAUCCUGUAGUUACCAGAGAAACUUAUAAAACCCGACAGAAAGGUACGCACAGACUCAGAGUUAUCCGCGGCAGGCCAAAACCGCAGGUUACUCAGCGAAUCAGGAGAAAGAGAAGAAGACUCCAGAAAUUAUGGGACACAAAAGAAAAAGAAAGACAGAAAGCUAUAAUAAAACUCAGAGAGGACAAUUUCAAAACGGAGAAAAAGCGGGUUCAAAGUUCAGAUUGGUGGGACUGGUAUGUUCCAUAUGACAACAAGCCCAUGCAGUUCUGAUUCAUUACGUCACAUCUGAUUGAUGACAACGUCAGAAAGACAAAAAGUGGUUGUUGACUAGUAUGUCAUGAGAAGAAUGCAGCCGCGUGGCAUUAUAUUCAUUUCCCUUCCAUACCAAUGAGAUGAUCAAAACAUUGCGGUCGUGACAAUUUUUCUGAUGUUACUUGAAAUGAAUCGCUACAUUUGAUAUGUUUACUUUUAGGUACUAA